GGUUCCACCGCCGCCACCAUCACCACCACAACUGUUGCGACUACCACUACUACUCCUUAGCUACAACAAUAACAUUACAGCUAACGAUAGUAGUAACUACUGCAGCAGUGUUAGACUCGGCUGGGAUAACUUUUUUACCUGAGUCUUAGAAACAAGUCUGUGCACUGUAUAUAUACAUAUAUACACAUAUAUAUAGAUAUAUAUAUUUAUGUUUGUAUAUGAUUUAGUAGUUGUAAUAAAUAAUGCUUUGAAUGAAAACGAAGGACAGCGAAACAAAAUAAGAAAAUAACUAAACUGGUGCCUUACAUAUAUUCAUACAUACAUAUACACAUAUAUAUAUAUAAUAUAUAUGUGUGUAUAUGUAUGUGCGUAUAUAUGCCUUGGAAAGAGACGAGGAUAACAUACAUGAUAGACAGGAUUUCAUCUUGUGGAUUACAUAAUAAUUACUGGAAUAACAGACAUCAAAGAGAACUGGAAACAGAAACAGAAACCCCCAUUUUGAUAUACCUUACUUUCCAAGGGACCAAGCUUAAUUAAUUGUUUCUUGUGUCACCCCCACUGUUCCCUUAAUUUGUUUUAUUUGUUGCGUGCCGCUUUCCGGAAGAAAGAAUGUAUUUCUUUGAAGAAGAAAUGACUAAAUUUAUGAACAAUUUACUGGUCUCCAUCUGAAGAAAUAUUAGACAGGUUAUAAACAAAAUAACAUAAAAAAAAAACAAGCAAAAAAAAAAAGACAACCUUUACAAAAUGCGGAAUUUCCGUUUUAUUCCAAGAUGUGGCAUUACAUCAUCACAUCUCACUCCACAAACUCAUUAACACAUCACUUCACCGUAAACCACAUCGUUUCUCCCCAAAAGAACACGUUACACAGCACUGACUCAACACCUACAAUUUUAAUCACCUAAAUAUUUUCCCUAAACCCAAAAUACACCCAGAAAAUUAAAGAAACACACGCAUAAAGCUGCAACCAUUUUUAAAGAAUCUAAGUUUCUUCUAGAAUUUCUGUAUAAUUUUGAGAAAUGAAUGGGGCUUUCUUUUCACUAGAAAUUAUUCUAUGUUGAGUUUAUUGUGACUAAUAUAUUAAGUGGGCACUUAGAAAGACCUAGACUAGGGAUAAUUGAUUUGUUUAAUUUAACCCUUGUGUAUUAUAUGUCAGGACAGUUCUUGUGUCCCGGCAAGAAAUAUUUGGCGAGUUUAUUAAUGCAGAUAUAGUCAAGAUUAACCUUAGUGAUUAGUCGAUGAUUUAAUGUAGACUUAGGCGAAAUAACCCUUGAACAAUGUGGUUAUUUUAUUGUUACCUUGACCACGUCUGAGAUAACGCGGUUAGUUUGUUGAAGAGGUGCAAUCCCGGAAUAUGUGAAUAUUUCAUUAAGAGAUAGGUUAGGUUGAAAGACUCGCAUUGUUUGUGCAUUACCUCUGGAAAAAAGUCUUCGACGGGGAGUAAUAUAAUUAAGGGGGAAAAAAAGGGCGGGGAGCUGUCAGUUACGUCAUAUAUUUGAAGGACCGAACUUCUCGAAUAUAGGAAUUGUUUAAAUUAACGAACUGGACCAGUAAUAUGUGAAUUUAUUUCAAGGAUUCCACCCUGACUCAAAGUUAAACCCUCUAUUUUAACCCUAAUUUCUCCAAAUAAAGUCAAGUAGGGAUAUGAGUGAGUCGAAGAGGAAGAAAGCAGCGGCUGUGCAAAAUGUUGACUACGUUAUCCAGGUUCGAACCGGACCGACAGCAGUACAUCAACCACCAACAUCCAACGGGGGUGACGGAUUUAGUAACACCACUAGUACCACAAAUAACUGCAACAACACCACCAGUGCCACUUUUUCUAACAGUACGACGAACAACAACAACAGUAACAACGCACAUUAUCAUCAUGCAUAUAAUUGUUAUCACCAUCAUCAUCAUCAUCACCAGAGGGGACGGAGAAGUAUGGCUGCUUUGAACCAAAAUAAUGGCAGGACCCCUUUUACAAGAAUGAGUGGCCUUGACCGUGUUAGAAGAAUUGUUCAAGAGGAAGGACGGACAGCCAGGAAUCUUGUGCAGUACAAUUUACCACUCCAAGAGAGACCUGUCAGUGAAAGAAGCAGCAGAGCAGUGACACGACAAUGGAGAAUGAGUUCCAAGCUGCGGUCUGUGUCGGUUUCAGCCAAAGACAAGAUGAUGUGUGGCAGUGGUAUUUCCACCCUCAAGUGCUUCCAGGAUUUAACUAAGUCACCAAAAUCUGACAGUAGUACCAAGAGAGCUGAUGUGAGGGCCCGCUAUUGGGCAUUUCUAUUUGACAAUCUUCAGCGUGCUGUCGACGCUAUUUAUGAAACUUGUGAACAAGAUGAAAGUGUUGUUGAAUGCAAGGAAGUGAUCAUGAUGUUGGAGCAGAGCACCAAAGAUUUUAACUGUUUGAUAAAAAGACUGCAGUUAUUACGAGAUUUUGAUAAUGCUGCCAAAGAUGGUGACCGUCCUAUUUCAAUUGCUUGGGAAGUAAGAAAAAUGUCACCUGGUAAAACCACAUCUCACAGUCCGAUACAAGAUUGUUGUUCUCCGACAUCUGCCCAGCGGGUUCUCAACUUUGGCACAUCAAAUGCCACAAUUCAACCUUUGGAGUCUCCUGUGAAAUCACCCCUGGGCAACAGCUGGGCAGACCGAGUGAAGGGUAUAACAUCUGGACACAGUCCAGCUGUGAAUAACAGUGUCACCUCAAGUGUUGCCCCCAAUGAGGAGUUGAACCAAGAGAACGAUGAUGAAGCAGAUGGCUGGGAGACUGUGCAGCGUGGAGGCAAAUCUAAAUCUCGAAACCACAACAAUAAUAAUAACAGUAAUGUUGUUAAUAAUAAUAAUAAUAAUAGUAGUCGAUCUGAAAAGUCUUAUCAUAAUAAUAAUAAUAACAGUAAUAACAAUGUAGCUGGUUUUGCGAAAAGCCGACGCUCAGAAAAAUACUCAAAUAAUCGAACGUUUGUUGAAUCCAACAACAACAACAACAACAACCAUAGUUGUAAUAACAGUCAUAAUAAUAAUAAUAAUUCAAAUUUCUCCAAGUCCACCGUUUAUCUUCCUGGUCAGAAGGACCGUGUCUUCAGCUCUUCACCAACUUCCAUACAUUCUAACUACAUUUUGCCAUGUUUUUCUGAUCAGAAGCUCCACACAAACUGCCCCAAAUCUCCCCAGCCCCACAACAACAACAACAACAACAACAACAAAAACAACAGCAGCCACACAAGAGCAUACCAUGGAAACCAUAUGACCCCGUUGUCGUCAUCGUCGUCGUCAGUGAAACACUCUGUCAAGUCCCCUCCAACUCCCUCGGGUGCAGCGGAGCAUGGAGGCCGGACUGGCAGGACUCAAAGGCGCGAACACACUCCUGACCGGUUCUACGGGAGCCGAACCUGGGACUCUGGGAUCGGCCUUCAUGAGAGGACGCAUAGUAAAGAGAGCGAGAAGGAGAACAUCCCUGUGCUUGGUUGUGAUCUGGAUGCCAACGACGGGGAUGAUGAGGCUGAAGAUGAACUGUUGUUGGACAUAUACGAACUUGAGGAUUACAACUCGUUGAAAGACGAGGAAUCGGACCAUGUUGUAUUCAGUGAAACUGAAGAACUACAUUCAAUGUCUUCCCAGAAAUCUCCAGAAAUCUCAGAUGACGACAAAGUGAAUUUUGAUGAGGAUGAAAAGAAAGCAUUUGCUGAACUGACUUCAGCCUUAGAUGAAGCUGACAAGUUAAGCAGUCAGUUGGAAUUGGCAAACCAACAAGAACAAAAUUGGCUUGAAAAACUGGCGCAAGAAGAGAGUACUCCGAUUGCUGAUGUUGAAACAGAAAAUGAAAUUGAGGUUAAAACUUGCUUCUUUCAUUCGAAUGAAUCUGCACUCAGACAAUAUUCUGAAAGUUAUAAGAGUAAGUCGUGGGGAGAAAUUGUCGACGAGGCCGACGCCAGAACUCCAGGACACGGCGUCCAUAUGCAUGAAAAACUUUCUUCUCCAUCUCGUAAACGGUCUCCCACUGAACGAAAGAAGCGUCAUGAACAGAAGCAAGCCAAAGCACAGGAACUCCGUACAAAACUGAACCGAGAGAAGGCUGCUAGAUUAAAAGAAAUCUCAAGGAAGGUUGAAGAGGUUCGAGCUUGGAAAGAUGAUUUACUUCGUCAGAAAAAGGCUACCAUGGAACGGAAACUACUUCAGGCUGAAGAGAAACGCCAGAUGCAACUCAAAAUGAAGGCACAGAAGGCUCAUGAUGAAGAGGCCAAGGCAAAUGAAAUUGCCUUUAUCAACUCUUUGGAGGCUCAAAACAAGAGGCAUGACAUUCUCUCGAAGCACCAGGAGUCUGAAGCCAGAUUGCAGGACAUGCAAGAAGAGCGUCAAAGAAAACAUGAAGAGAAGUUAGCUAAGGAAGCUGCAGUAGAAGAACGACGGAAAGCUCUGGAAGCUGAUCGUAAGAAGCGUCUCCAUGAGAUGCAGGAAAAGAGGAAGCAACGUGAUGCCAGGGUUAUCCAACAACUGCAAGAAAAAGAAAAGGAACGACUGGAGGUUCUACGGGCCAAAGAGCGAGAACGUGAAGAAAGAUUGGCUGCUUUAAAUGCCCAGCAGCAAGCUCAGAUCCAAGAAUUACAGAAGAAAAUUCAACAGAAACAAGACGAAAGUACACAGCGCCAUCAGGAAAUUCUUCAACAAAUACGAGAGAAAGCUUUUGAGAUGAGUGUAUUGCGGCACUCGACUGAAGACCACAAUGAAGCACCACAGCUUACCCCAUAUGACCAGAAGAAAUUGUGCAAAGUCUGUAAUGUUUUGAUUCUCUCAGAAGUCCAUCUUCUGAGCCAUUUGCGAGGCAAGAAACAUAAAGAAACCAUGUUACAAACUAUGUCAAAAGAAUUGGUCUCCAAACAAGAUAUAGAAACCUUUAACCUGAAACAUAUCAUUGAUGCCCCUGAUGCCAGCACCCACCCUGUAAUAGCCUCAGAGAGGGAAAGGCAGAAAGCCCUAAAGAAGCGCUGUAAGAAACUGCGUCAACGAAUGAUGCUAAGAGGAGUUGAAUAUGAGAAUUCUCUUUCUGGGAAAACUCAGAUUGCUGAAUCUGAACACAAAGCCAAGUUGCAAAAAUCCAUCAAAGACGUAAAUAAGUAUCUGCAGAACUGUGAUAAUGGUCCUUGGCCUCAGAACCGUGUAUCUGCCUUAGACAGGGCACUGAAUGAAGUCAGCAGAAUCUUCGAUAAGAAGCUCCCAAAUGAUGACCAAUUCAGUUUUCGUAUUCUGGGAGGACUGACAACACUGAGUCGCUUACUUAUUCUCAUGGAUGGACCAUCAAAUGCAACUUCAGUUAUUCCGCUCAAGUCUUUGGUUUUGUCAUGCUCUGUGUUCAGACAAGUGUGCAAGGGAUGUUAUGAUAACUGUCACUAUAUGUUGUUUAGUAAUAAGAUUGGUAUUCUCGUAGACCUCCUCAUACAUCAGUUAACAAAUCUGCUUCCAGACAACCAUUCUUCUGGAGACAAACAUAACUCUGGACCCAAUACCAAGUUGCCUUCUGAUUCUCUUUCCAUUAGCUUGAUGCAGUUGAUCUCUUCCAUACUGUCAUGCUUGGCCAAAAACAAUCCUUUGAGUAACUCAAGCGAAGCCUCUGUUGAACGGAUGAGCAGCAGCGGAGAUGCCUUCCUUAACCGAGGCAAUGACCUUAUCAGUUAUGUGAUCAGCGUCGGUAUAGUGGACAAAUUAACGCACUAUUUCAGUUUAGUUCAAGGACCAAUCGAUACCAAUAAAUCGAUAUCGGACUUUUUACAACACAGCCUCGGAUUACUUAUAUCUUUAACCAAAUUCAUAACGAAACGAAACAGUAAUGUUUUCGGAAGUAAAAAAACUGAUGACCCGACCCAACUUUUGGCAACAUUCCAAGUGACCGAACUCGUCGGAAUUGUAUCUCUCUUAUACGGAAUGCUGUUGCACUCAGGGGUCCAAGGUCGUGGUGAUGUCCCUCCUGCAGUGUUACCUGCCCCAAUGCUAGCAGUGACAACUGCUGGUCUUCGAAUGUUGAACCACAUUGCUACAUUGGAUUUACAAGUCUUUCAACAAUCUCUUGGAGAAGAAGGCAUGUCUCUGGAGUUUCGCCACAUCGCCAGCUAUCUGGUUUGGUAUUCUUCUCAUCAUCUCUGUGAAGAAUUACUUCAUGAGGUGAUCCUUUGCAUUGGCAACUUUACGGUGCUAAACUCUGAUAAUCAGAACAUUGUCCAAUCUGGCCAGUCUCCGACCAUUCUACAGCAGCUGUGCUCCUUACCAUUCCAGUAUUUCAGCGACCCCCGACUUACCAAUAUCUUGUUCCCAACCCUGAUCGCUAUUUGCUAUAACAACCCAUCCAACAAGGAAAUUUUGGAGCAGGAGUUGAGCUGUGUUCUUCUCGCCAACUUCAUCGAGGAGAAACAAUUGGAAUGCCAACAAGCUAGGUUAAUGCCUUCGAAAGUGUCAAAAACACAAGAUAAGGACAAGGCUCGAACUUCAGACCUGGAGGUCCGUAUGUCCUUUGCAUCACGCUUCCCAGUCGACGUCUGGCCAGCAGCAAUGGUUUGCUUCAAACAGGAAUAAUUGCACCAUUCUACAAGAGGCUUUAUUUUAUUUCAUCUUUUGGUGGUCACAUUUGUUUUCAUUUCCUGUCCAACGUCCAGUUUUGGGUUCUGAAUACAGGGGAGUGAUAAGAUAGCUACUCCUUUGCUCCACACACACACACACACACACACACACACACACACACACACAUUUUCCACACCCUCACACACAUACACAUGUAUAUUUAUUUUCCACACACUUUGCACACAAACGCCAUUAACGAAAGGUAUCAGUUUGGUGUCUCGAAAUAAAAGUAUAAAACUGCUGACCUGUUAAUUCUUCAACCACUGGUAAGUAUUCCUUUCUGAUUCUGUGGCAACACCAUUCUUCGGGUUCUCUGGCAGUGUGGUCAGUGGAUAGGGGUGAGAUCUGACCCCUAUCCCAGUUUCCAAGGUUGAGUAGGGGGUGGUGCUACUUUUUUCUCACCUUCUUUUUUUACUCUGCGGAACCCUAGAUUCAGUAUGGAUGACUGCAUGAAUCUUUGUGAAAGGAUUAACUUAUAACAACACACACACACACAUACCAGUUAUUUAUGUUUUUAUUUCCUAAUUUGGUUGUGGUGGUGUGGAUGGAGCUGUCAUUGUUCUUUGCGUGUGUGUGUGUGUGUGUGUGUGUUUAAGUGUGUAUAAUAACAAUGUAAUUCACCGAAUUUAAGUUUGGAUUUUGUGCUCUUUGGCAAAUUUUGUGUAAACAUCGUCCCAAGUCACUCCCACUUUGCCCACACACCUGCCACACACACACACAUACAUAUAUUGUGUGUAUGUGGGUGUAUAUAUAUGGAUAUGUGUCUGAGUUUUCUCAGAUUAGAUGGUUUACACGCAAUAAUACAAAUUAAACUCAGAAUCUUAAUGAGAAGACAGCAUAAUGUUUGUUUCUGUAAGGGCUGCUGUCACCCAGUUGGUAGAGCAACGUCAGAUUAAAGACGUUGCAAGUAUUUAUUUAUUUUUUUGUUUUUGUUUUAAAUUUCUGGCUGCUUCCAUUGUUUGUGUCAUGUGUUUUGAGCAGUACUAUUGAGCCCCUCUUUUUGAGCACUCAGUUACUCGUGAUCCUCAUUCUGGUAGACUGUUGAUCAGUUUCAUUGAUUAAUGUGUUUGUCUUCUGUUUAAUUUGGCUGAACUUAGCACCAUAUGCCAGAAGAUUGUUUUGUGAGAUGCUUGAGUUCCAUCUGAGAUUGUGAAGUAAUACCUUUUCUUUGAUCUCAAAUCUCCAGAUGGACUUUUUGAAGGAGUGAGUUUAAUGUGUCAGGGGAAUCUGUCAGACGUCUUAAGAAAUAAGUUUCAACCAUGUCUACUUAAAUCUUGAAUGUUAGAUGAAGUUAAUUAGUAUAUUGUACCUCAUUGUAAUCAGUACAUUGUACAGAUCCCUGACUCUGAAAGACGAUUUUUGUCUUUGAGAUUCUAUACAACUCAGAAGGAACUUUGAUCAGUUUGGUAGAAGUUGAGAUGUAAGUGAAGAAAGAAUUAGGAAACUCAUUUGACUGAGUUCAAACCUGUUUUUUGUUUUGGAAUACUAACAUGACAGGAUUUCAGUAUUUAAGGGCUCACGGGUCUCUUUGAAAGAACUGAAGAUUCUUGAGUAUGCGAUAGGGUUUAGGGCCUUAUGUAUGAUGGGGUCUUAAGGUAUGUUGUAGCAUUUCAUUAAGCCUGGAUCUCUUUGGAAAAUAUUCAGUAGAAGGAAGGAAUCAUCGAAGGACUCUCAAUUCCGCCAUUGUUUCACCUUAAUUGUAAGAUGUGUCUGUUUGAAAAGUCUUCAGUUGGAGUUUAAGGUUAUUUAACAGGUGCUUGCAGUGGAUUCUAGAUUUACUUUGAUAAAGACCAUUAUUUCUGGGUACUGAAAUGAACAAAGAAAUCCCCCCACCACCACCACAAAAAAAAAAUGAAAAGAAACGAUGAAAAGGAUGCUGUCUAGAUUGUGUUCCACCUUUUGUAAGUUCCCUUCUUUGGCGCCAUCGUUUGUCUUCGACUGUUCACCACCACAAAUACCAACUUGCCUCUUUAUUGUGACCAACUAAAAUCUAAAAAAAAAAAAACUGAAACAAAAACAAAAA